GACUAACAAUAAUGGAGUGGUAGAAAAACAUUGGCCCAUGUUCAAAUUGGACAGGCCCAAACAACAACAGGACAUUCUAGUGGGGAGAGGCAGCGAUUUAUUUCCCAUCUUUCUCGGAUUUUGUUUUGUUUUUGGUUUGGAAAUCGUAGCUGUGAUAGGGUUUUCAGAAAGCCGCCGCUCUUGUUGAUCAUAGAUGCAAAACCAAGAAGGAGGUCAGGGAGCAGGGCAAAUGACAUGUAUCUUCAGCAAGAAGCCCAUUUACCCAGAGGAUAAGAAGGCUGUUGAGUUCAAAGUUGCUCGAUUGGAUAGUGAUGGCCAUUGCACUGGGGAAAGCAUCCCGGUUGGCAUUUGUGCAUCCAUCCGAAAUAAGGGUAAAGCUGACUCCAGGUUUGAUGUUUUUAUGACUGUGAAGCAAGUGAGUGAUGGUCUUUGCAUUGGAAGACACUUUGACAAAUACUAUGAUCAGAUGAAACUUGAGAUGCAAGAGCCGAGGAAGGAAUACAAGGCAAGUGAAAUGAGCGGAGGGAAAAAAUGCAGCAACAACAACAACAACAACAUAGAAUCCCACAUAAGUAGGGUCAAGGGAGGAGCGGAAAAAAGCAACGGGAAGAAGAAGAAAAAUGGAAGAAGAAGAAAAAUGGGAAGAAUAACAUAAUUUCCCCCAACUACUCGUCAAGAGUAUCAUCUGAAUGUUAUGCCCAUUCCUGAAUCUGCCGCAUGGAACGAAGUAAACAGGUUUUUUGUUUGUUAUGCUAGUACGAAUGACACAUGAACUACUGUCAUUGCACUCGAAACUUUAUCUAAUCUCCUCAGUCAAAACUGUUCUUUGUUGAUCUACUUUUGUAGUAUCUUUAACUUUAUUAUUACAUGCGUUCAAUUUUUCAUCUUUAUUAUUCACGUGAUCUAAUUCUAAUA